CAUUCUACUCCAUAUCGUUAGGUGGCGCUGUCUUUCUCUCAGCAGCUCUGAGGAAAACACAGAGGAGAGAGAGGCUGUUUCCUGUAGCUCACAUGUACACUAAGCAAAGCUAAACGAUGGAUUCUUCGAAAAAUAAAGAAUCCACAAAAUGUGGCUUUCAAGACAGUAAGUUAGGCUCCAACGACGAAGAAACAGCGGAGUUGUGUCCUGGAUUCAGGGACGUGGACGCAUUCGUUAAAUAUGGACUGGGCGCUGUAUUAUCAGCCACCAAAGCAUCCGCCGGGUUGCCUCAGGCUGGAGAUGAGUAUGAUUUCUACCGAAGCUUCCCAGGCUUCCAGGAGUUCUGUGAAAAUCAAGGUGGUAAGCUCUCGCACUGCAUGAGUCAGAUAAUGCAACAACAUGGCUGCAGAUCUCACAUGAGAGGCCGCAACAACCUGACGGGGCUGGAGGAGCAGUUUGAUUUGGUCAUUGAUGCAAAUGACGUAAUCCUUGAACGAGUGGGCAUUCUUCUGGAUGAAGCUGAUGGUGUGAACCGAAGCCAGCAGCCUGUCAUGCCUGCAGGGUUCCAGCCUCCCAAGAUUGUCGUUUCCAGCUGGAAUCGCAAGGGUUCAGGCUCUGGGAGUCGAUCUGAGACAUUCCGACUACUCCACGCCAAGAAUGUUGCGAGGCCUCAGCUGAAAUUCAAGGAAAAAGUUGACAACAGCAACACACCAUUUAUUCCCAAGAUCUUUAUUAAGCCCAAUGCAACAAAGCCUCUUCCCUCUUAUUUCACUGACAAACAAAUCCAUAAACAGAGACCUGAGGACCUGGAUGUCCCAGCUGCCCUGGCUGACUUCAUUCACCAGCAGAGAACUCAGGAACAUGUUGAAGACAUGUUUGCACACCCAUACCAAUAUGAACUGAACCAUCUUACAAUACCAGAAAGCCUCCUGUCUAAACCAGACCUGCAGAUUUACAAACCAUUGGCUGAGACCAAGUGCUCUUUCAUUGAGACUCUGGAGGAUCUGGUGGCUCUGAAUGAGAAGCUGUGCAAACUGUCUGAAUUUGCAGUGGACCUUGAGCACCAUUCCUACAGGUCUUUCCUCGGCCUCACGUGUCUGAUGCAGAUCUCCACGAGAGAUGAGGACUUCAUCAUCGAUACCUUGGAGCUCCGCGGUGAGAUGUACAUCCUGAACGAGGCAUUCACUGACCCGGCUAUUGUCAAGGUAUUUCACGGCGCCGACUCUGACAUUGAGUGGCUCCAGAGGGACUUCGGCUUAUAUGUCGUCAACCUGUUUGACACACAUCAGGCCAGCCGAGCUCUGAACCUGGCCAGGCAUUCCCUCGACCACCUGCUCAAACACUUCUGCAGUGUGGAUUCUGACAAACGCUACCAGCUGGCUGACUGGAGGAUUCGCCCCUUGCCAGAUGAGAUGGUACAGUAUGCCCGGACAGACACCCACUACCUCCUUUACAUCUACGACUGUGUUAGGGUGCAGCUCUUGGACUUCAACCAUGGGCAGCCUGGCCUGCUGCAGUGUGUGUGGAACAAGAGCAAAGAGAUUUCCCUGAAGAAAUAUGCGAAGCCUAUAUACACAGAGGAGUCGUAUUUGGAGCUGCAGAGGAAGCAGAAAAAGUCUUUUAACACCCAGCAGCUCACUGCCUUCAGACUGCUGUUUGCCUGGAGGGACAAGCUGGCCAGGCAGGAAGAUGAAAGCACUGGAUAUGUCCUGCCCACUCACAUGAUGAGCAAGAUAUCUGAAGAACUGCCUAAAGAACCUCAGGGCAUCAUUGCCUGCUGUAACCCUGUCCCCCCGCUGGUGAGGCAGCAGGUCAAUGAGCUUCAUUUGUUUGUGCAGCAAGCCAGAGAAAUGCCUCUCCUUAAGGCUGAGAUUGCAGCUCAGACGAAGAAGGGGCUCACACCUAUAAAAAAGCCAGAGGUCACGUUGUUUGGUCCCCAUGAUACAUCCAGAGUCUGUGGUGGCGAUCACCCCCACUUUACUCCCAACGAUCUACCUGUAAAACAAGGAAUCCUCUUCUCAAACGAAGAACACGAAAUGGAUGAUGUACAGAAAACAAGCGGUCUCAUAGCACCACCUAAAAUCACACUGUUUGAGGAGCUAGAAACAAAGAACGAUGAAGAGUCCCUCUCCGUUGCUCAGAUGAAAGCCAAACGGAUCAACGAGUCUUUUGAAAACCCUUUCAGAAUGUAUUUACCCUCCAAUGAUGUGCAUGUCAACAAGAAUGCAAAGUUUGACCCAUCUUCAAAAAUAUUUGAGAUUAGUAAACGAUGGAAGCUGCAGAGUAUUGAACAGCAACAGAAGGAGUUAGAGGCCAGUAGGAAAGCAAAGGAAGAAGCAAAGGACCGGGCAAAGAAAUUAGCAGAGGAAAGAAACAAGACUAAACAGAGCUACCAAGAGUCUCUCCAGAAUGUCACCACAGUUCGCCAGCAAGCAGCCGAAUCUGCAAAACGUGGUGGAAAGAAAAGAGAGCGGAUCGCCAGUGAGGAGGUUACAGAGUUGACUCCCAAACCAAGUAAGAAGCUGAUGAAAUCUGCAGAGGGGCCCCGGAAGACAGAGCCAUCUCCAUCAGACAGCUUCACGCCCUUUGACUACAGCCAGUCAGACCUCAAAGUCUUCGGUGGUGCCAAAUCAAAGGGCAACACACAGUUUGAUCCAAACCGCCAAGGCCAUGAUUUCAAGAAAAAGAAAAUUUCCAAGGGACAAAAAUCUAAUUCUGGAGCUGGAAAUCGAAGUAUGUCGUACCUGGCUGGAAAGUCUGAAAGAGGAUUCCGACAUAACUGGCCCAAAAGAUAGGCUGGCUUUGAUUAUGUUUUCGGCCUUAUUUUAAAACUUAGUUCCAUCCUGCAGAAACAGGGAUCCUUGUUUCUCCUUCCUUGGAAGUGAAAUUUUGUAUUUCAAUAUGUAACGAAUUGUAUUUGAAGUGUUUUGUUUUGUUUGUUUUUUUCCAUCUCUGGGACAGUUUACCCUGUAAAUAUGUGGAAGCACAGGCUUCUUUAUUAAAGAUGGUUUUAGAGGAAAAAA